AAAGUGCUAGGUGGGGACAGUGUUGCUUGUGCACCAGUGUCACAUUAUCGGACUGUUAAAAAUGUGGAUUCCAGUGAGGAGAGUGUGGAUUCAGAUGAAGACUGCUCUCUUUGGAAACGGAAGCGACAGAAAUGUCUUAACCCUCCUCCCAAACCAGAGCCUUUUCCGUUUGGCCAGAGCAGUCAGAAAACAGCUCUCAAUGGAGGGAGGAAGGUGAACAAUAUUUGGGGUGCUGUGCUCCAGGAACAAAAUCAAGAUGCGGUGGCCAUUGAACUUGGCAUCCUGGGAAUGGAAGGUACCCUUGACAGAAGCAGGCAGUCUGAGACCUACAAUUAUUUGCUUGCUAAGAAACUUAAGCGGGAGUCUCAAGAGUCCACAAAAGAAUUAGACAAAGAUCUAGAUGAAUAUAUGCAUGGUGAUAAAAAACCGGGGUCAAAGGAAGAAGAGAAUGGGCAAGGUCAUCUCAAACGGAAACGGCCUGUCAAAGACAGACUGGGCAACAGAGUAGAAAUGAACUACAAAGGCCGCUAUGAGAUCACCGAAGAUGACUCUCAAGAGAAAGUGGCUGAUGAAAUUGCUUUCAGGUUACAGGAACCAAAGAAAGACCUGAUAGCCCGAGUAGUGAGGAUAAUUGGGACCAAAAAAGCCAUUGAACUUUUGAUGGAAACUGCUGAAGUUGAGCAGAAUGGUGGUCUUUUUAUAAUGAAUGGUAGUCGAAGAAGAACACCUGGUGGGGUUUUCCUGAAUCUCCUGAAAAACACUCCUAGCAUCAGUGAAGAACAAAUUAAGGACAUUUUCUACAUUGAAAAUCAAAAGGAAUAUGAAAAUAAAAAAGCUGCUAGAAAAAGAAGAACACAGCUAUUGGGGAAAAAAAUGAAACAAGCUAUUAAAAGUCUGAAUUUUCAAGAAGAUGAUGAUACAUCACGAGAAACUUUUGCAAGUGACACUAAUGAGGCCCUGGCCUCUCUUGAUGAAGCCCAGGAAGGACCUAGCGAAACCAAGCUGGAUGCUGAGGAAGCCAUCGAGGUGGACCAUCCUCAGGAUUUGGACAUCUUUUAGGCAUAUUUUGAACAUUUUGAAGAAUAGACCUUUGUAAAAACAAUAGUUUCCGUUUCUACUGAGGUUGCUGUAUGCACUGAAUCUGGAGAAAGGAAAGCUGUUUUUGUUUCUUGUUUGAAGUAAAAAUUGUAUGUGGGCAGUCAGAUGCCACUGGCAGCAGUGUCUGACAGGUGUACAGCAUGGUUUUUGGUUUUGUUUUUGUUUUGUUUUGUUUUGUUUUUGUUUUGUUUUGUUUUUUUUUGGUUUUUGGUUUUUGGAGACAGGGUUUCUCUGUGUAGUUUUGGAGCCUAUCCUGGCACUCGCUCUGGAGACCAGGCUGGCCUCGAACUCACAGAGAUCCGUCUGCCUCUGCCUCCCCAGUGCUGGGAUCAAAGGCGUGCACCACCAACGCCCGGCCAGUAUGAGUUUUAAUUGCUCAUUCUGCUGCAUGUAGUGACUGUUAACGCCUAGUUCUACUUGCGCCUGCUCUGUUCAGCUCACUGUUUCAUGCCAUUAAGAAGCUUUUAUUUUCUGGUUUGUCUUUGUGGUGAACUAUGCUUUGGUUUUAACACAUUCCAUUAAAAUAUGCCAUAAUAUGCAUAAAUUGC